CGAGACACUACAUCGUCCUCCUCAACGUCCGACAACGACAACAUCAAAGACUUGCUUGAAGCGUUGCAGCGCCUUUCAUCGGCCCCUACGCAAGCACCUACCCCGCUACCCAGCAGCGCACAGCACCCAGUAGCCCACCAUGAGCAGCCACUACGGCGGUCAGCCUCUCGACGCCAACCCGUUCGCGGACCCACAAAACCCGUUCCAGCAGUCGAAUGCGUCGGCCUUCUCGCUUGAGAGCGUCGGCCGCGCGACGCCGACCGGCGGCGCCGCCAACAUUGGCGCCUAUGUCGCUGACCACGACCGCCGCGCCCAGGAGCUCGAGCAGAAGCAGCGCGAGCUCGAGGCACGGGAACGCCAGCUCCAGCAGCGCGAGGCCGAGGUCGAGCAGCUCAAGCCCAACUGGCCGCCUUUCGUCCCUAUUCUCGUUCACCGCAUCGAGCUCAUCCCGCCCGAGCAGCAGAAGGCGGCCAAGCUGACAUACACCUACUGGCUCUCCCUUGUUGUGGCUCUCGUGCUCAACUUUGUGGUGUCGCUCCUCCACCUCUUUGUCGGUGGAUCAGUUGGAGGCCUCAUCUCCUCGGCCGUGUUCCUGGCUUUCAUCAGCAUCUUCUCUUUCGUCCUCUGGUACUACCCCAUCUACACGGGCUGGCGCCGGCUCCACAAGAGGGGCGCUGCUCUCCUUUUCUACAUGUUCUUCAUCUUCUUCUCGUUCCACAUCAUCUUCUGCCUGUACAUGGCCAUUGGCAUCGGCGCCGGCGGCUCGGGCGGCCUGUACAGCACGAUCAAGCUCAUGAUUGAGCACCACUGGGUCGCGGGCAUCUUCGGCAUCAUCACCUCGAUCUUCUGGAUCUUCCAGCUCGUCGGCGGCCUGGUGAUCUUCCGCCUCAUCUGGAACUUCAAGAACGGCAACUCGGAGAUCAGCUUUGCGAACGCCAAGACCGAGUUCCAGGGCCUCGGAGCGCUCUUCAAGCUCUUCCGCGCAACGACCGGUUAAGCAGGUCGCAGAGGCUGCAGUCGGGCGUGGAGGCGGGAACGUACGAACGUACCGGCCAGGCGUGGAGUGAGCGACCCGGGCAUCAGCCCGGGGUGGAGUGCGAGCUGGGGUGGAAUCGAUGGAAUCAUAGAGUAUUACCGCGUGGCCCUACCGGGGCUGCCGGGCGCCUGCCCUACGCAGGUGAUGAGGCACGAACUCGACGUGGACGUGUAUAGUAUCAUCCCUAGACAACACAAAACACUAGCCAGCGGACAGGUGUUGUCCGCUUGGCCUCCACGCUUGAUGAUGAAUGACGAGUUUGGUGC